AAUUUUUUUUACCAACAUUUCAAAGAACAAAAAAAUUGUUCAAGGUUUUUGCUCUACGAGAUUUUCAUGGCAGAAUCAAGAAGACAUUUUGAAUGGACAAAAUUCAAUCUCUGGGUAAAAUUGUAAAGGGAAUAGGAUCUUAAUUCUUUGGUUUGGCGUUACAUUGAAGGAAAAUGGUUAGGGAUUCUCUUUUGUUCUUGAGUUUGGUUCUGAGGAUCUUAGUUUGUGUCAAUGGAAAAACCGACGCACCGGAUGUGUCUGCUUUAGGGGUCAUGUUUACUAGCUUAAAUUCUCCUGGCCAACUAACUGGUUGGAAGUCUAGUGGAGGCGAUCCAUGUGGUGAUAACUGGGAAGGAAUUAAGUGUAAAGGUUCCUCUGUAACAGAAAUAAAAUUAUCUGGUCUUGGACUGUCAGGAUCGAUGGGAUACCAACUAUCAAGCUUGACAUCAGUAACUUACUUUGACUUGAGCAAUAACAACCUUAACGGUGAUAUACCGUAUCAGCUUCCACCAAAUGUAGCUCAUAUAGAUUUUUCAAAGAAUAGUUUAACAGGCGGCGUACCUUAUUCAAUUUCUCAAAUGUCUGAUCUUAAAUAUUUGAACCUUGGUAACAAUAAACUUAGUGGUCAGCUGAGUGAUAUGUUUGGGAAUCUCCAUAAGCUAACUUUUAUGGAUCUCUCCUCCAAUAGUUUUUCAGGAAACCUACCACAGAGUUUCGGAUCACUGAAAAAUCUUGAAGAACUGCAUUUGGAAAACAAUCACUUUACAGGUUCGCUAGAUGUUCUCGCUAAACUGCAACUUGCAGAACUGGAUGUUGAAAACAACAAAUUUAGUGGUAAUAUCCCCAAAGAUUUGAAGGAUAUCACCGAAACUGGUGGAAAUUCUUGGAAAUCUGGUUCUGGUGGCAAUGGUAAUGGAAGUUCAGGAGGUGCUGUGGCUCUCAAUUGGGUAGCAAUUGGUGGAGUAGUUAUAGGAGUGUUGUUAGUAAUCGUCUUUAUUCUUGCCUUUUUCGCAAGAAGAUCGCAUAGAUCUUCUUCUUCACAUUUUCUUGAUGAAGAGAAGCUUAGUCAGAGAAGACAUUUUAGUCCCCUUGUAUCCCAUGAAUUGUCAAAUGAGAUUCCAACUGAUUUCAAGGAUUACGACCAAAGAAUUCCUGUACCUCCUCCAGAGCUGAAGUCGUAUGAUUCAUCCGCUUCAAUGAGUCCGAAGAGUUUGCAGUCAUCUUCUUCAGUAGGUUUUAAGGUUCCACCUUUUGAUCGGGUUAAGUCAGUUAAUGAUAAUGAGUUUGGGAACCGGAUGAAUAUCAAAAGGAGCACAUCUGCCCCUCGCGCAGUGGCCUACACCUUGUCAGAUUUACAGUCCGCAACUGGUAACUUUGCUAGCGGUCGACUUCUUGGUGAGGGUACCAUCGGGCGUGUUUACAGGGCGAAACUGUCCGAUGGAAAGGUUAUGGCUGCAAAAAAGAUCGACUCCUCAGUAAUCGCUGGCAUGAACUCGGAAGAUUUCGUAGAAAUGGCGUUAAAUAUAUCAAAACUGCACCAUCCAAACAUUUGUGAAGUUCUUGGUUAUUGCUCAGAGCAGGGACAUAACCUGUUAAUUUAUGAGUACUUCAGAAAUGGAUCGCUUCAUGAGUUUCUACACCAAUCAGAUGACUACGGCAAACCACUAACGUGGAAUACCCGAAUCAGGAUUGCUCUAGGCACAGCUCGAGCAGUUGAGUACCUCCAUGAGAUUUGUUCUCCGUCUUCUGUUCACAAGAACAUCAAAUCACCCAAUAUCUUGCUUGAUGCUGAACUCAAUCCACGCCUCUCUGACUGUGGUCUUGGGUCGUUUUACCAGCGUACAAGCCAAAAUCUUGGAGUCGGGUACAAUGCUCCAGAGUGCACCAAGCCAUCAGCAUAUACAAUGAAGAGCGAUGUAUAUAGUUUUGGGGUUGUUAUGCUGGAGCUUUUAACGGGUCGAAUGCCUUUUGACAGCAAAAAACCAAGAUCGGAACAGUCUCUAGUUCGAUGGGCUACACCACAACUUCACGAUAUUGACGCACUGGGAAAAAUGGUUGAUCCUGCUCUGCAUGGGCUUUACCCUCCAAAGUCACUCUCUCGUUUUGCAGAUGUCAUUGCUCUUUGUGUUCAGUCGGAGCCAGAAUUUCGACCACCAAUGUCAGAAGUGGUGCAAGCACUAGUGAGGCUGGUUCAACGUUCAAGUAUGAGCAAUAAUGCUUCUCGACGGGUAGAUAAUGACUCAGACCAAUCAGAUUAUUAUUGAGGAGCAUACAGAUCAAGCAAAAUGUGUAUGUUUCUUGUACAUGUAAAGACAUGUAGGAGGCAGGAAAACAGAUACUCUCCUAGUGAAAUGAUACAUGUAAGAACAAUGUUUUCACCGUCUGACUUCUUUCGAUCCAGUUUUUAUAUUUAUUGUCAAUUCAAAUUUUAUUAAAAUACU